AUGGAGAUCGAGAACCAAACUGUGGUAAAAGAAUUUAUUUUAAUUGGACUUUCUCAGGACCGGACGACUCAAAUCCUGCUUUUUGUUUUGUUUUUGUUCAUGUAUUUACUGACCAUUUUUGGGAAUAUUUUGUUAAUAUGCGCAGUUAUAGCCAAUCCUCGUAUGCACACGCCUAUGUACUAUUUUCUCUGCCAGUUAUCCUUUCUGGAUUUAUUCUAUUCAACAAGCACUGUCCCCAAAAUGUUACUAGAUCUGAUUUCUACAAUGGGAGGAAGAAUAUCAUACAUUGGGUGCAUCACACAAAUGAAUAUAAGUCUAUUCCUGGGACAAACAGAAUGUAUCCUGCUGGCGGUGAUGGCGUAUGAUCGUUACGUAGCGAUCUGCUUCCCCUUGCGUUAUACGGUCAUCAUGAGCUGGAGGAUAUGUAAAAAUAUGUCCGUCAUUGUAUGGCUGGGGAACUUUGCUUGUUCUGUCCUUCCUACAGUUUCAAGCCUACCUUCGUUUUGUAAAGGAAACCAAAUUGAUCAUUUUGUUUGUGAAAUUAUAGCUUUAAUGAAACUGGUUUGUGGAGACACUUCAGUUGAUGAAGCCAAACUCAUUUUUGCAAGUUUCUUCACACUUUUCGUCCCGUUUGCUUUUAUUUUAGCUUCUUACAUGUGUAUUAUAGCGUCCAUAUUGAAAAUGCAGUCUGUGGAUAGAAGGACUAAGGCAUUUUCUACAUGUGGUUCCCACCUGACUGUAGUAUUAAUGUUUUAUGGGACCAGUAUGUCUCUGUACCUGGGGCCAACAAAACAUAUUUCAAAAAAACACAAGUACAUCACAGUCUUUUACAGUGUUGUGACUCCCAUGUUAAAUCCUUUGAUUUAUAGUUUGAGAAAUCAUGAGGUUAAAGAUGCUGUCUGGAAAAGCCCACUUAUGAAGAGCCCACUUAUGAAGAGUCCACUUAUGAAGAGCCCACUUAUGAAGAGUCCACUUAUGAAGAGUCUACUUAUGAAGAGCCCACUUAUGAAGAGUCCACUUAAGAAGAGCCCUCUUAUGAAGAGUCCACUUAUGAAGAGCCCACUUAUGAAGAGCCCACUUAUGAAGAGUCCACUUAUGAAGAGCCCACUUAUGAAGAGUCCACUUAUGAAGAGCCCACUUAUGAAGAGUUCACUUAUGAAGAGCCCACUUGGGGGAUCUCUUGGGGCUCAUCCAAAUGGAAAGGUGAAUGCAGACGUGGACCUCGUUGCUCUCUUGGUCUUAUAG